AUGCGUGUCGAAAAGUGCUACUUCUGUUCUACCAAUGUCUACCCCGGCCAUGGAUCUGCUUUCGUGAGGAACGAUUCGAAAGUAUUCCGCUUCUGCACAUCAAAAUGUCAUAAAAACUUCAAGAUGAAACGAAACCCUCGUAAAGUAAGAUGGACGAAAGCGUUCAGAAAGGCCGCUGGUAAAGAAAUGACCAUUGACUCUACAAUUGAUUUCGAGAAACGCAGAAAUGUUCCUGUAAGAUACGACAGAAAUUUGAUCGAAACUACAGUCAAGGCCAUGAAGAGAGUGGGAGAAAUCAAAGCGAGGAGAGAACGUGUAUUCUUCAAACACAGAAUGGCUGCCAGCAGAGAAAAACAGAGAGCACACCGCAAGAAGGUCAUGGAAGCCGCCAAAACUUCCUCUGUCAAGUUGCACGAACCUAUAUCUAUAGAAUCCACAACCAGCCAAGAGAAAAUCAAGGUUCCUGUCAAAGCGAGGUCUGCUCUCAUUCAAGGAGAAGGCCGCUCAAUGGGCAUGGAGAUCGAUUAG